AUGGCUCUGGUGGAAGAAAGAAAAAACAUUGCAUCAAUGACGGAGCCGAUGAAAGUUGAGUCGAGUAUUCCAGCUAAAAGGCAAGCGAACAUAGACGAUUUUACCAUGAGAAGGGUCAAGAUAGCCAACGCCGAUGAUAUGGGGGAAGAUCAACUAAGUCAGCACCAUGAUGUCAUUGAGAUCGAAGAUAAUGAAGACACAAGAGGUCUACCGACGCCCUCGUCUAGUAGUCAGCGCUCAGAUCAUUGUGAAAAUGAUUCAUUCGUCAAAGGUGAUAGUCCUAAAGCUCAAGACCUGACGUCUCCACUGGCUUUUCAAGGAACAGUUGAACCAAAGGAUCAGGAAGAAACGCCACAAGAAACUGGACGAAAACAUAAAGGUCACCAACUCCAAGCAGAACAAAAUACAGUGCAAGUUUCUGAAGAAGAGGCGAAAGCUCUUAGUAAGAAACAACUAGAGCGUUUAGAGAAACUGCGUAUUAGGGAGCAGGAGAAGAUCAUGAGGGAGAAGAAAAAGGAAGAAGAGCGCCGCAUCAAACAGCUUGAGCGUGAGCGAAAGGAGCAAGAGAGACUUAUGAAAAAGCAGAUGAUGGAAAGGGAGAAAGAGAGAAAGCGGGAGGAAGAGCGUCAACGAAAAGAAGAGAAGAAAAGAAAGUUGGAAGAAGAAAAGAAACGCAAAGAGUUAGAGAGGCAAAAGAAGGAGGAGGAGAAGAAACGCAAAGAGGAAGAACGCAAACAACAAGAGGAAGAACGGAAAAGACAAGAGCAACAAAAAGAACGCAGUCAGAUGAAAAUUUCGAGUUUCUUCUCAGUUAAGGCGGGGCCUUCAACACCUAAAAAAGAGUCUCUGUCCGUGAUUAAUGCCAAAGCUAAAUCCCCUGCAAAAGACGAAGAUCCAUAUGAGAGGCAGUUUUUACCAUUUUUUGUCAAGAAGAAUGCUGUUAUGGCAGCUCUGCAGCAAUUAAGUGAAGAAAAUCUAAAAACUCUGAUCAGCAAGUUCGACCAAGAACUUGGCUCGUCGACUCAAAAAGACUUGAGUAUUAUGUUUUCAAAACCAGCUCCAAUAUCAUCGUCACAGGCUUUCGUGACGUCUGAACAGCUUUUUGAAGCAUUCGACUCAACUGCCACAAGCGAAUCUGCUUUACGUUCUUUGUUCGCAAGCAUUCCACCUAUAAAAUACCUACAUUUUUAUGAGAACGCCAAACCACCCUACAUAGGCACAUGGUGCUCUCAAAAGCAUAUGACUACGAAGUUCGAACCUGUCAACCCCCUAGAUACAUCAAAGACUGGCAUGGAUUACGACUAUGAUUCAGAUCUCGACUGGCAAGAAGGGGAUGAUGAAGGCGAAGAUAUCGAUGAUCUUGAGGAGGGUGAGGGUGACGAGGAUGAUAUAGGGGAAGAGGAGGACAUGGGAGAUUUUGUAGAGGAUAACAAUGAGGGCAAAAAGAAGCUAAUUUUAGGACCAAUGGAGCCAAUUACUAUCGUGAAUGAUGGAAGCGAUCCAAACGCUUUCGCAAACUUUGAGGUUGACAGCUUAAAUAUAAAGAUUGAUUUCCCCAUCAAUCCUUUCCGUGAUUAUUGGAAUAAUGGUGAAACGGAAACUCCUCAGAAGCCGCAAAUCACGGUUGUUUCUGCAGCUAAUCAACAGCAUGCGACACCAAUGAAGAGUCUGAGCCCUGGUCAAGCUACGAACGUGUUGACACCACAGAGGCCCACAAUUAAAGACAAAGCGGUUGUUCAGCAACUCAUUGCAUUCAUUGAGAAGAAUGCUGAUUUUACCAUCGGAACCCUCUCUGAACUAGCCAAGAAAGAGUUCAAGAACUAUACUAAGAGCAUACUCAAGCAUACGAUUCAAGAGGUUGCCCUAUACAACAAGAAGCAAAGUGUGUGGGAAAUCAAGCCCGAGGUGAAGGAGCAGAAUUGA